AUGCCUUACACACCUCCCUCCCAGCGGUCGCCGGCCUCAUCAAAGACUAACAGUCCCACCUUGAGCCGGAACCACUCCUAUGUCGACCAGCCUCCCCGCUCGCCAGCAACAUCGCAACGGCCGUCGCUGCCCCGCUCCGUUUCAUCCACCUCCUACCUGGCCAAGUCCCGCCGCUCCCCGUCAACGGUAACGGACGACAACACCGCUGCCAAUGGCCAACAAGGAAACGGAAGCGUAGACAUCAAGUCUGACGCCAGCCGCCAGGGCCCUUCAGCUAACGGUAGCCUCCGCCCGUCUCCUCCUCCUGUGAACGAUCUUCUGAUUCCCUCAGGUGCGAUCACGACUCCUCCUGAUUCCUCGGACGAUGAAGACCGCGGCCGCAGCAUCGGAGACCUCCGCGAACUCCAACAGGCACUGCAACACAUCGACCAGAAGCGGAUACCUUCGCCUACUCGCGAGACAACCGAGAACGUAAAGCAGCAACGGCCGCAGCCUCCCGUCACCCUGGCGCGCACGCUGUCCGCGGAAGCACGCAAGAUUGCCCACUCGCGAUCCUCCAGUGAGAUCAUGUUGUCCCAGCACAUGAUCCACCCCAUCAACACAGACACAAUCGUCAGCUCAUCAGAUGGCAGCGAUGCCGAGGACGAGGAGCUGCGGAUAAAACCGCCGCUACUUCGCAAGAAGUCUGGCGAGCUGGUCAAGCCUGCCCUUCGCCCCCCGUCCCGUCGUCGCCCCUCGAGCAUGCCUGGUACUCCCACUUACUCUAAAGCCGUCCACUUCAACGAGGACAUAGAGCAAGUCAGGCACUUCCUUCAGGUCGAUCGUCCCAUCGCUGUCAGCGCUGGCUCUUCGCCUGUCGAGACCUACGACAGUGAGAGCGAGUACCCCUUCGGAGAGGACUCGCGGUCCAAGACACCGGAGUGGGACAUCAAGCUGAUGAACUUCCCUUCGCAAGAGACACACGAGAGGCAAACAGCACCUGUUCGCGUGGAGCGAAUCUUCCUGGCGUCUGACCACCAAACCUUGGUGGGCAACAUCGCCGUGGCUAACCUGUCUUUCCACAAGUUCGUUGUGGCUCGAUUCACACUCGACUACUGGAAGACAACGUCUGAAGUGGUUGCAGAGUUCAAUCAGGAUGUUCGCAAGAAGCAAAAGGAGGAUGGCUACGACCGAUUCAACUUCAACAUCAAGUUGGCUGAUCAGGCGAAUCUCGAGUCCAAGACUCUGCUGCUGUGUGUUCGGUACCAGGUUAACGGCCAGGAGUACUGGGACAACAACAACUCAAUGAACUACCAGGUCGACUUCUCCAAGAAGGUCAAGCAGCGCGAGAGCAAGCGCCCGACUGCCAGUCUAGGCGCUGUGCCUCGCAGCCGUCAUUCACCAUUGGCACCUCGCCCACGGUCUAUGCCUGCUGCCUCCUUCGACGACGACUUUGGCCACGACAACGAGAUCAGGUUCCAGUUUGGCAGCGGUCGUGCCAUCAUUGCCGAAUCCCCAAACUCCUCCAUCAAGCUCAAGCCCAGGAGCAAGCGUGUCAGCCUGCACACCGCGCAGGCCUCCACCCGGCCGCAAGUUGCCCAGGCUUUCGCAUCUCGCUACGACUUCGGUGCCUCAUUGACGGCUGCUCUUUCCACCGCCCAAACGGCGCUCGGUGAUCGCAGCGGACUCAAGGUGAACACCCAGGGCAAGAUGAACAAUGGUUACUUCGACCGCCCGGCUCCUACCAUCCAGGCGCCUGCCACUACUGCUCCGGUUCCCGGUACUCGACCUGACUCUUUGACACUGGAGAAGCCCGAUCUUCAGUCUGCCGAGUACAACGAGUUGAUCCAGAAAUUCUGCUUUUUUGGCACUCCCACUGGCAAAACUUCUCCGAAUGUCACAACGCCUUCUACGAAGACUGCCCAUGGAGACGGAGCUCUGGAUUACGUGCUCAACCAAACUACUGGAAGUAAUCAGUCUUCGGCAACAAGUAGUCCUCCCUCGCCUGCCAUGCCGCUUAUGGUCGAUGGUGCGAACGACCUUGUCCCUUCUCGAAGAUCAUCACCCUUCAUCUCUCAUCAAACCUCGCCCGGUCCCCUUACCGGAUACUCACCCGAGGAUCAAUACACCCCUCAGUAUCAGUAUGGCUACGGCAUGCCAAGUGGUGCCUUCAACGAGCGCAGCCAAACUCCUCAGGCUUGCGUUUAA